AUGCAAAGAUCAAUAGGUUAUAUUAAGAAUAGAACCAAGGAGUUAUAAUUGAAGAAAUAGAAAUACAAAUCACCAGAUCUAAAUAGUAGUCGAAGGAUCUACUAACUUCCACCUAAAUGGGUUGACAAAAUGGAGGAAACUAGGGAUACUAUAUAGAAAGUUGGAAUUUUAAAUUAGGAAAUUGAAAGGUUAAAGACUUCAAAGGAUGUUGGGCCAAAAGCACAAUUCAAUGAAUAAUUACAUUACAGGUUAAAAUCUGAGUAUAAGAAUUUACAAAUUAUGGAAACAGACGAUUGUGAAAAUGAUCUCGAAUAUAAAAUCAAAUAAAAUGCUAAAAUGUGUUUGGGUAUAUCCUUAAAAGAAGUUACACCAUAAUUAAGAAGCUAUUAAAAUUAAAUGAUGAGGCAAGUGCAAUUAGAAAGACCAGCAUAAAACUUUAAAGUUGAUUUUGAAUAGGAAUAUAUUGAAACUUUAAUUCUUGAUAGAAACGAUAGAAUCAAGUCAUUAGGAGAGAAAUUGAAAAAAAUGAAUGAAUUAUUUAUAGAAAUGAAUCGAUUGGUUAUAGAACAAGGAACUUUAUUGGAUCGUAUUGAUUUUAAUAUCGAUCAAACUUUCACAAGAAUUUAGAAAGGAAAAUAAUAAUUAGUCUAAGCUAACACAAAACAGGAAACUAGCGACAGAGCUUAGAAGUGCAUUUGUGUUUUAGUUGGGUUAAAUAUUUUUAUAGCAUUUUUAUUUGUAAUUAAACAUACAUUAUUAUGA